AUGGACUUUAGUGAUGGAAUAGAUGAGGUUAUUGAGAUUAUUGAGUCAAAUGAUGGUUGGAUAGAUAUUUAUAGUAGUUACACGAAUUGUUAUUCAAAAAAUGAAUAUAAAAAUACCAAAAACUUCAUUAUUCGAAGUAAAAUUAUAAUGAAUAUACGAAGCGAACAAUUAUUUGAAUUAAUUAGUGAUCCAAUGAAUCAAAGCCUUUAUGACCCGAGUGUUAAUUAUUCAAGAAAUGAAGGAAAUAAUGAAUAUUGUAUUGAUUUAUCACUUCCAGUACAAUUUUGUCUUCCAAAAGUAUUUAAAUUAACAAAUAUGAUAACAGACACGAUGCAAAUAAGUAUUCGGUAUUAUUUAUCCAAUGGAAUAUUAAAAAGAACAAUAUUUGCAGUAAAAAAAAGAAAUGAAGGAAGUGAAUUUAUUAUUAUUGAAGAAUUUAAAGAAAAAACAGUAGAAGAGAAAACUAUUCCUUUUUUAAAUACCAUUCUAAUGAAAAAACAAAAUGAUAAUAUCAAUGAGUAUUUUAAUAGAAAUAUUGAAUCAAAAAGAAUAUAUGAAAUGGAAAGAAAUUUAUUUAAUACAAUGACACAAAAAGAGAAAGAAUAUAAAAUUAUUUAUCAUGAAAAUAAAAAAGUUAGAGUUAAAAUUAAUAUUGAAUGUACUCAAUUUUAUGUUCAAGGAGAAGUUAUUUCUAAAAGUAGAAUUAUAGAUAUUAUGACUCAAUUUGCACAUCCUGAAAAUUGGGAUUUUAUUUUUCCAAUUACAGUUUUAAUUAAAAAUAAUGAUAGAAUAAGAACGUACCACAGAGAAACAUUAUUUUUUGGUGAUAAAGUUACUAUUGACCAAAGUAUUAGUUAUAGAAUUGGUGAUAAUUUUGGAAUAAUCUCUUUUCAAACUGAACCAAAAUUAUGUCAAUAUGAACAUUUUAAUCAAUGUAAUAUUACAGGUGGAGCAUUUAUAACAUCUGUUUCAAAUAUUCAAAGAAUACAAUAUGGAUAUUUAUUUACAUUACAAUGUUUAAAUAAUCUUAGUAUUAAUGAAAGAAAAAAAAUUAUUUAUAAUUUAACUGUUAUGAACCUUGCAAUUCAUGCAUUCUUUUCACAACCUUGUUUAAAUUUAUUAUUUAUUCAAAACAAACUUCUUAAUAGAAAUGAAAUGGCAAAUCAAUUAUUAGCAAAUGUUUAUAUGUUUUCAAAAAUUAAAGACAAAGAAACAACUGUAUCAUCAAUAAUAUCACAUGCUCCUAUAUUAUUUUGUUCAAAUAAAACAGUUCUUAAAGUAUUUUGGUUUCUUGGUCCAAGGGAUCUUUUUGUUCUUCCAUUUGUUUGUAGAAAAUUUCGUGCUGCAUUAACAUCUGAAGUAUCAAACCAAAUUUAUAAAAAAAUAUAUGAACAAUAUAUAAAUAAACAUACAUUCGAUAAACGAUAUCCAAAUAAAGAAUUAACAUCUCAUCUUUAUCGAAGUGAAUUUUUAUAUUUUUGUAAGAGAGAUAGAAAUUGUGGUAAAACACGUGGAAAGUUAUUUUCAUUACAACAACCUAUUGAUAAUGUUAUUGUUAUGAAUAAUGGUAUUAUAGCUUCUAAUGGAAAAAAAUUAAUGAAAAUAGACUUCAAUGGAAAAAUGAGUAGAAUGCAGAGUUAUGGAAAUAUAGUUAGUAUGAAAAGAGGGGUUGAUGAAGAUACAUUAUAUGUUUAUUACAAAACAGGAGGAAUUAGAAAAUAUGUAAAUUUUGAAGAAACAACAAAAAUGAUAAAAAUAGGAGAAGAACAUGGAAAGAUUCAAUUUGGGUUUAAUGGAAGUACUAUUUUUCAUAUUGGAAAUGAAAUUAUUCAAUAUGAAUGUCAAACUGGAAAUGAACUUUGGAGAAGUGAAAUACAAAAUAAUAUUGCAUGUGUUUAUGAUAAUGAAAAUAUAAUUAUUAUUGGUAAAGAAAAUGGUAGAAUAGAAAUUUUAGAUAAAAGAGAAAAUAAAACUUGUUUUAAUUUUGUAAGUCAUAUUGGUGGUGUUAUAGAUAUUCAAGGAUUUGACAAUCAUUUCAUUUCAAUUGGAAAUGAUAAUAUUAUUAGAAUGUGGGAUAUGAGAACAAAUGAAAGAGAAUAUGACAGAAGACCUCAUACUGGUCAAAUUAAAGGAUUUGAAUUAUUUAAUAGAAAAAUUAUUUCUUAUUCAAGUGAAAAAGAUGUUGUUCAAACUUGGAUUGUUAAUAAUCAAAUGAAAUUACCACAAACAUUAUUUAAAACUGAAAAUAAAAUAAAAGGUUUUACUUGUAAUGACAGAUAUAUUAUUAUUUCUCAACCUUAUGGAAAUCUCUUAAUUCAUGAUUUUGAACAAUAA